CCUCGCAUUCGUCUUGAGCCAUACAAGCAAAUCGGCUAUCCACUCGCUCGCUGGCUCGUCCAACACGCACUCUGCCGAAACCGUCUCCCUGGCAUUCGAGCUCGCCAUCAAGCACCCGACAGUUGGCCUCCAUCCAGCACCCGACAAUUGGCCUUCAAAUCCUCAACACUUUGUCUGCCGCAUCGUUUACCUGCACCACCAACUGCCUCCAAUGCACGCCGUCCCCGAUGUCGACUAUCCUCUGGAUGGCCCUGGCUGUGUGCAAGAGACGGCGCCACCUCUGUCGCCGGCCAUGAUGCUGGACCCGUCGCAAGGAUCAAAGAGCUCCUCGACCGAGGACUCGGGCGUAGACAUCCCGCCUGUGAAAGGAAUCCCGCGGUUCUUUUUCCCUUCGAAGCAUGCACUUUCAGACGAGCGUCGCCAAGAGUUGAGAACACAGGUCAAGCAGCUGUUUAUCUCCUCAGACACUGGAGACGAGAGAUGUCUGGCCCUGUCCGAUCUGGUCUGUGUCUCUGCGGCGAUAGGGCUGCCCAGGUAUCUGACCCUUGCGCUCUUCCGCCGGGCACGCGAAGCCACCCCGGUCCGGAUCGGAGACGACACUGGCGCCAGCCCUCACCAAAGUGUUCGAUGGAUCGAAGUCGAUCGAGUGCUGAGCGCUAUCGAUGCAUACACCACCGCCGACAUCACCCAAGUGGGCUUCAAUUUGCUCAAAGGGCAAGAGCAAACCGUGCUUCUUCCUGCCGAUCUGGAAGUUGUGGCAAGAGACGUGAUUGAAAACCACCCGGCGUUCGAGUUUUUGGCAACCUCGCCAAAUUUCCAGGACCGAUACAUUGAUACUGUCGUAGCUCGGAUAUUCUAUAUCAAACCCCGAGGCAUGAACGGGCAAAUGACUCUAGCCGAGUUCCGGCUGAUGAAUAUCAUCGAAAUCUUGAACAAAGUCAAUCUUGCCAAGACCAGUGUCUCUCCCCUGAUGCCAAGUCUGUUUUCGUACAAGGAUUUCUAUGUCGUUUACUGCAAGUUCUGGGAGCUUGAUCGAGAUCGCGACAUGCUGCUCGCCCAAGAGGACCUGGAGUCCUAUGGCUGUGAUGCCCUUUCUCCCAAAGUCAUUGAGCGGAUCUUAGACGGCUAUGCAAUGCCGCAGCUAGCACUCCAUACAGGCAAAAUGACGUACAAGGAAUUUAUCCCGUUCAUCAUGUCCGUUGAGGACAAGACAACCAACGCUGCACUCGAGUACUGGUUCCGGUGUCUGGAUCUGGACGGCGACGGAGUUUUGUCCCUUCUGGAGCUUGAGACCUUCUGGAACUUCCAGUCGCCGCGACUCAACGACCGCUUCAAAACAGACGACUUUUUCUCCGUCAUCAUCGAUUUAGUCAAGCCUCAGUCUCGGUACCAGAUCCAUCUGCGUGAUCUCAAGCGCAACCGUCCGGCAGCGCGCCUCUUCCUUGAUCUGCUCAUCGACACACAGAAGCACCUCGAGAAUCUGCGGCGACUCGUGGAUCUAGGCUUCCGGAUCUACGAUCGUGUCUACAUGGACGAUGAAGAUGACGAUACCACUGCACGUAGCCUCCAGGCACUUGGCGAUCCCGACUCGAAAGGCCGUGUCCCGCUCGAGGGCUGGGAAAAGUAUGCGACACGCACCUACCGAGAACUCGCAUCGAUCGAGAUUGAUUCACAGCGACGCCGCCAGCAGCUCAUGCUCCGGCGCGACCAGAGAUGUGUUGACAUUGACGUUAUUGCCAUCGACUCGAUUGCCGUCGAAGUAUCACGGUCAGCAGUGGUCACUGGCGCUGGAUUCGCCUCGAAUGAUUCCCAGCUCAGCAACCGCUCUCGCCAAAGAUCGGCCAGCAAGGGGAAUGGCAGUUUGGCCGGUGGCAACGGAGCCGGGGGCAAUCGCGCAAGAAAGAAUGGUCGCCGAAGAGGCUUCUGAAGGGCGACCGAACAGCGGAGCUGAUCAACCCCAAAGUGCCACAAAUGAAAGAAACGCUCAAUGUACAAACUGCUGAGUAUGGUUGUGCGAGAUGUAUAUUGAUAUGAAUGUAGAGACGAAGAAAAGACCUGGACAAACUGGCGCGGCCAACGGAGCUGCGACA